CUUCACUUUUUUUUUCAUGGAAAUAUUCAAUUUUCGCCAUCAAAUUCAACUUGAUGAUAAGUUGGCCCCUUGAAUCUCACUCAACCCCAUUUGACUCUAAGAUCUACUCCUCCGCACCAUUUUCCCGAUCGCCGACCGCCAGAAAAGCAGUCGAGAGACCACCAUCUGAUUCUACAGUUUCAUAGUUGGAUUACCUAAAAUCCAACAUUGAUUUGAGCCCUAAAUUGAAUCAGCCAUAACUACACCACCCGGUGAUCAUGAGUUCUCCGGCAGGUGCGAACUUGUUUACGGGAUUUACGAGGCUAUGUAAAGGGCUUGCGGUAGUACUUGUUAGUGGAUACAUUGCUGUUCAGAUCUUCCCUUCGAUCCUUACUUACGUUGCACUAAUUCCUGCUAGGACAAUUCCUUUUGGUUGGAACCUCUUAACAGCUGGCUACAUAGAACAAACAGUACAUGGGGUUCUUAGCAGCACAAUUGGUCUUCUUUUCAUUGGGAAGCUUCUAGAACCCAUAUGGGGCUCUAGAGAGUUCAUGAAGUUCAUUUUCAUUGUCAAUUUCUUGACUUCAUUAUGUGUGUUCAUUACAACAAUCUCCUUGUACUAUGUAACAAUGCAAGAAAAUUAUCUUUACACGCCUCUUUCUGGCUUCAGCGGGGUACUUUCAGGGCUCUUAGUUGGUGUCAAACAGAUAAUUCCUGAUCAAGAACUAUCUCCUUUAAAAAUCAAAGCAAAGUGGUUGCCAUCGUUGAUGUUAUUGUUAGCUAUUCUUGUUAGUUUGUUUACCUUAGAGCCAGCAACAUACCUUCCAAUCUUGAUAUUUGGGACAUAUACUGGUUGGAUUUACCUCAGAUACUUUCAAAGAAAACAAGAAACUGGAUUUAAGGGUGACCCUAGUGAUGAAUUUUCCUUUUCUACUUUCUUCCCUGAAUUCCUAAGACCUGUGAUUGAUCCUAUCGCUUCAAUAUUCCAUCGGAUGCUUUGUGGAAGAUCUGACGCAUCCAAUGAAGCAAGAGGCGGUUAUACACCUGGCAACACCACAUUGCCUGGCUCUGAUCCCAUCGAGGCAACUCGGAGAAGGGAAAGGGGUGCUCGGGCGUUGGAGGAAAGAUUGGCGGCGGAGAGGUUGAUAGGUGGUACGGGAGGAGGAAAGAGUAAGACGGAUGAACCCGAAAGAGAUGCAUCUGAAAAUGUUUAAAUAUAUGUUCAAAAAUUGAAAGUUGUUGAUUUUGGGUGUGUGUAACUAUUCGUCUAUUUUAUUACUUUUGAAGUCUAUCGGAUCACAACAACAAAGUUAGAUGUUGAGCUUACAUGGCAAUUAGUUAUGGCGAUGGCCCUUAUAUA